UCUUAGCCAAUAGGAUUCUUUCCUACCCGGAACUCCCUAGAGAAGAGGGAAGUUCAGUUUGUGCAUUUCGCGGAAAGAAAGUCAAGUUUUUGUCGUUUGGGACCGUAAAGAAUAUUUUAAUAUAACUCAUUUCUGCGUGGAGAGUACGUCAAUGUGAUUCAUACGCAUAUUAUUUAAACAUCUCAACCACAAAGGAAAUUCACCUAGUGUGGCAAUUAAUGGAAGUCUGUGUCCAUUUGUCCAGGAUUUCUUUUAGCUCGUAAGUAAUUUGCCUGUGGAAAGAGCGAAAUGACUGAGCUGCUGGUCCAGCAAACAGCAGAGCCUUUGCCAAAUAUUCAGGAGAUGCCCUUCUGGCUUGAAAAAGCAGUCGCUUGGGGCCAAGCUGAAUCUACACGCACCCGGAAAGACAUAUCCCUACACUUGAGCAGGCUGAGGGAUUUCCUCCAGCAGCUUUUAAAACAAAUCAACGAUGUGAGCUCCACAACAGAGACCAUGAGUAGGCUUCCCCUAUUAGGCCAGUUUUUAGGGCGGCUGUGCUGGAAUCCUCAUGUCACUGCAGACAGCUCGAGUAGAGGACUUCUCCUCCAGUGUCUGUUGGCACUGUACUCAGAGCAUCCAAGCAAUGCAGUGGAAAGAAAAUCCAACCAGUGGAUUCGGAAAAUCCUGUGUCAGCUGGCUACGGAAGAAGAGGAUAGUGCAGCCCCGGCACUGAUGAAACAUUUGGGUGUGCCAGCCAAAGAAUACCAUCUUAAAGUGCUCAAAAGGAUGGUGACACUGAUGCAGGAAAGCAUUGGGAAGAGUCAGUGCUCUCAGAGCAGCAGAAAUCAGGGGUGUUCAUGUACCAGUAUUCAGGCUGCAUCAGAGGCUUGGGUUCCUCUCAUCAAAUGUCCUGAAACAUCCCCUGUUAUUGGGGCUUUGCUGCAACAGCCAGUGAAUUGCAUCAGAGAAGGUCUGAGUGAAAACUUCCUUGAUGCGCUACACUCUGCCUACUCAAGAUGUGGCCUGCCACUGGAGGAAGAGGCCGUUGUGUCUCUGUGGUGUCACAGCCUGUCCAGCAUGGAGGACGCUGUGCUCAGUCUGCUGGAGUCUACCACUGCAGCAGGAUCGACAGCAAAUAAGAUUGAGGAGCAAGUAACAAAGUCGUUGUUGCCUAAAGCCUGUGCUCAACACUAUUCAAUAUUCCUGGUUGCAAAUGACAUCUUUAGGACGGUCCUUAAACAGGCUGAAAGAAAUGAGUGUGUUAAAGAUUUUUUCCAAAUCUUUACCAAGUGCUUCUUAAGGGAGCUAUCCCAGCAGCAGCCUCAGACAUCUGCAUCUUUAAAAGCCUUCUUCCCACAGUCCCCUCCAAGUCUUCUGGUUCCCCUCCUUACCAUGCCUUCAGAAAUGCCUCAGGAGGUUUCAAAAAAUCACCUGAUGUGGGUCAGCAGCUCAUUACAGAGACUUAUUGAGGAGGAAGAAGAGGAGGAGGACGACUCGGAUAGUAGAAACAUCAGAGGCCCCCACAAAGUGUUUGAGGCAUGGUUCCUGCUGCUUCAGUGUGGCCACUGGGUGCAGAUGGCGGUCCAGCUGCUGGUCACAUCAGGGCCUGAGGACUGUGGUCCCCUCCUUUGGUUGCUGGUCUUUUAUCAUCACCCCACCAACAGGUGGCACCACAGAGCUUCACAGCUGGUGCAGGCCAAAGCAGUGUGGGACCACCUGAACAGCCUCUUCUCCGUUGUAGCUCAUCCUCUUCCUGCUGACCAGCUGCAGUCUUUGAUCAGUCUGCUGCCACCAAAACCUCAGCAACCAGCACUUGCGGCAUCAUUGACCCUUAACCUCUUGGUUAACUUUGCUGUUUUUGGUAAGCUGCCACUGGGUACAUCAACAGAGAUUAUGCAACAGGUGGUGGAUCAGUUUGGACUGCAGGAUGAGGCAACACGUGUCCUCAGCUCGCUGCGUCUCAGACUAAAUGACCGAGGCUGCUUUGCAGAUGACAGAGUUGGUCUCAGGAUCGAGGAACUUCACAAAACAAUAAAACAAAUGUAAGCCAGAUGGACUCUCACAGACUGACACAGGGUUGUCAUACGAUGGCAGGAGGCUGUUUGGGGAAUAAAAACAACACAGCGAGGACAGAUUACCGGACAUGUGGAGGACACAGUUAUAAACAUAUACGUAAGACAGUUACAUGGCCCACAAGGACUGUUGAGCAAUGAUGGAUCCUUGUGUUAGGAAGCAUCUGCGUACAGUUCGCCCCCUCACUAAAUUUCUUCAUAUAAAUCCAUCGCUGCGCAAGCUGAAUGCAAGAAAUGGGGCUGAUGGUAAGGAACACCCAACAACAUCCGUGUUUGUGCUUUGUAAACCUACUGCAAGGAGUGUAGAUUAUUGUCAUAAAUUGUGAAUAGUUCUGUUUGUGUAUUUUAUUCUUUGUAAUGGGGGGCAAGAAUUGUGAAUUCACAAUUGUAAGCACAUACUGUGGUGCAUAUUUACCUAAUAUUCAGAUUUCUAUAAAAAUAAUGGAUUUUCCUUGACAUUUAGUUUUAAGUAAGGAAUUUUGCUUCAAAUGUGAAGUUUUACACCUGAAAAAAGAUAUCUACCUACUUUACUGUUUGCAUCCAGACAAGAGCUAAAUUUUUGUCAAAGCACUGAAUUUCAACUAUUGCAUUUAAUUCAGUGACGUUUAGAUUCAGUUUUGAUUAUGGCUUACAGCCCACAGCUUAUUUACCUUUUCAGAAACUUUGUGUAGAACCUAAGAGCCAUUUUAUAACUAAUUUAUUCAAAUAAAUGAAUGUUUUGAUUGUA